AUGGAAAAGUCCACAGAACUAGAUGUUAUUACCUCACAGCUUCAACAAACAUACAAACAAGUUCAACAUGACAAAACAUCCAUGCGUUUCUUUAGGUCAACCUUAAAAGAUUUGUCUCCACUGGUUCACCAGAUCGAUCAAUAUAAUGAUCAGUUGAAUCCACCUAGGGAGGAAAUCAAGCUUCUCACCAAAGAAAGCCCUGCAGAACAAAGGAGUCUUUGCUGGAACAGACAAGCUGUUAUGGCCAAAGAUGUUAAGGAUACACUUUAUAAGUUGAGAGAAAUUCUUGAGACUGUUAAUAAAGAGAAUUUUGAGAAGAAAAUAAGUGGAUCUGGUGGACUAGUUCUUAGGGGUACUUUUGGUGUUCCUCAAAAUCCUGAAUUUACGGUUGGUUUGGAUUUAUUGUUGAUUAAGUUGAAGAUGGAAGUUCUUAGAGAUGGUAGAUCUACUCUUUUGGUGACUGGUUUAGGAGGAAUGGGUAAAACUACUUUAGCUGCAAAGUUAUGUUGGGAUUUACAAGUCAAGGGUAAAUUCAAGGGAAAUAUUUUAUUUGUCGUCUUUUCGAAAACGCCUCAGUUGAAGAUUAUUAUAGAGAGGAUAUUUGAACAUUGUGGACAUUCUGUGCCUGAGUUUCAAAGUGAUGAAGAUGCUGUUAAUGAAUUGGGGCUUUUGCUGAAGAAAAUUGAGGGAAGGCCAAUAUUGUUGGUUCUAGAUGAUGUUUGGCCUGGCUCAGAAGAUCUUGUUGAGAAAUUUCAAUUCCAGAUAUCAGAUUAUAAAAUUUUGGUAACAUCAAGGGUUGCACUUUCAAGAUUUGACAAAACCUUUAUCCUAAAGCCUCUUGUUCAUGACGAUGCAGUAUCGCUUUUCCGCCACUAUACACAAUUGGAGAAAAAGAAUUCAAAUAUCCCUGACAAAGAUCUUAUCCAAAAGGUUGUGAAACAUUGCAAGGGUUUACCUCUUGCCAUUAAAGUGCUUGCAAAGUCACUCAGUAAUCGGCCAUAUGAGUUAUGGGAAAAGAUUGCGAAGGAACUUUCACUAGGCCGUUCUAUACUUGAUUCUAAUACUGAAUUACUUACUCGCCUCCGAAAAAUCUUGGACGUUUUGGAAGAUAAUCCCAUCAACAAAGAGUGCUUCAUUGACCUAGCAUUAUUCCCUGAAGACCAAAGGAUUCCUGUUGCUGCUCUCAUCGAUAUAUGGGCAGAGUCAUAUGGACUAGAUGAUGCCGGCGUAGAAGCAAUGAAUAUCAUAAAAAAAUUAGACUCCAUGAAUCUGGCUAAUCUCUUAAUAGCAAGGAAAAAUGCAAGUGACACAGAAAAUUACUACUACAAUAACCACUUCGUUGUCCUUCAUGAUCUUCUAAGAGAGCUUGGAAUUUAUCAAAGCACCCAGGAACAUAUUGAACAAAGAAAAAGACUUCUUAUUGACGUAAAUGAAAACAAACGUAAUCGCUGGCUUGAGGAGAAGAAAGGCAAAAUAACUCGCAUAUUGUCCAAGUUAGUUAAAUGGUGGGUUAAACCGAAACCUCAACAGAUCCCCGCCCGCACAUUAUCUAUAUCAACUGAUGAAACUUGUGCUUCAGAUUGGUCCCAAGUGCUGCCAGCUCUGGUUGAGGUUCUGAUUUUAAAUCUUCAAACCAAGCAGUACACAUUUCCAGAGUUGAUGGAGAAGAUGAGCAAACUGAAAGCUCUUAUAGUCAUAAAUCACGGUUUCCAUCUUUCUGAACUGAACAAGUCUGAGCUACUUAGCUUUUUAUCCAAUCUUAACAGAAUCAGGCUAGAGCGGAUUUCUGUUCCUUCCUUUGGCACAUUGAAUAAUCUGAAAAAACUAUCCCUCUACAUGUGUAAUACGCGACUAGCUUUUGAAAAGGGUAGCCUUCUAAUUUCAGAUGCAUUUCCAAAUUUAGAAGAUUUGAACUUUGACUAUUGCAAGGAUUUGAUGGCAUUGCCUAAUGGGGUGUGUGAUAUUGCCUCAUUAAAAAAGCUCAGUAUUACUAAUUGCCAUAAGCUUACAUCGCUCCCAAAAUAUAUUGGAAAGUUGGGGAAUUUGGAACUCUUGAUCCUAAUUUCCUGCACUGAUUUGGUAGAGCUACCAGAUUCUAUCGGAAGCCUUUUGAAUCUAAGACUACUCGACAUCUCCAACUGCGUAAGCCUUUCAAGUUUACCUGAGGAUAUUGGCAAUCUGUGUAAUCUAAGAACUCUCUACAUGACUAGUUGUGCAAGUUGUGAAUUGCCAUUAUCGGUUGUCAAUCUUGAGAAUUUAAAAGUAGUAUGUGACGAAGAGACUGCUGUUUCAUGGGAAUCUUUCCAAUCUAUGAUAUCUAAUUUAACUAUAGAGAUUCCUCAACUUGAAGUCAAUUUAAAUUGGCUUCACUCAAUUCGCUCCUAA